AUGGAGCCAGAGGAGAAUCGUGUAAAGAAGUUUCCAAAGAAGAAAAACGUGCAUGUCCUGGCUGUUUGCCUGGACUACAAAGGUACGGAAUCACCUCUUAGCUGCAUCGUGGAUGGAGAGCGCAUCUGUGAGCUGGCAGCAAAGUCGGGUGUCAAGGACAUCGUCAAAAUGUAUGACGAUGGAUCUACGGAGAGAUAUCCCUGCAUCGAGGAACUCAAAGCCCAGGUGGCGGAGAUCUCGGAGCGCUGUAAGCCCGGCGACUACUUCGUCCUUGCCUACUCUGGGCACGGCACCAAUCAGGAAAACGAAGAGGAGCAGGAUGGGCUCGACAGCAUUGUUUGCCUGCGCACACGUGAUGGCGAGGAUGACCACAUGGUGGAUGAUGACCUGGGAGCGCUUAUUGCCGAGACGUUUGAUCCAGCGGUCACUGUUCUUGUGCUGGCCGAUGCAUGCAACAGCGCAGGUGUUCUUGACUGCGACACACCUGGAAUCUGGGGCAAGCGGCAUGUGGCAGCCAUUUCGGGAUGUCAAAAUGAGCAGUGCUCAACUGACACAGGCGACGGAGGUGCCAUGACAAACGCCCUGCUGCAAGUUCUCAACAACAAGAAAAUCGCCAAGAUGCGGAAGCAGGGAGGUGUGUCUGUGCAGUAUGUGUUCAACCGCAUGGUUGAAGCAAUGCCUGAAGACGAGGAAGAAGAGGAGGGAGAAGAAGACGAGGAAUAUGACGAGGAGGAGGAAGGCGACGAUGAGGAGUACGAAUAUGAAGACGAUGAGGAUGAGGAUGUUGACCCCAUCAGCGGUGAGGUCCCGGAGCCGGGGCAGAACAUCAACAUUUCCUGGCCGGGGGGGUGCGAUCCAACGAAGAUUGCUUUCCCAUUUUGA